AUGCCGAAUCACCACAUUGUUGAUGGAGGAGUCGAUCCUGAGAAAGGCGUGCACGUUGCCCCUUAUGGCUAUGAGGAGAAGAAUGGCACAUUCGAGGAACCGUUUGUCCAUGGCGCCGCCACCGUCGGUGCUGAGACGGGACGUGGAGGCGAUACACAUCGUGGACUGAAGAGUCGGCACAUUCAGUUUCUCGCUCUUGGAGGUGCCAUUGGAACUGGCUUGUUCAUCGGUUCUGGCUCCAUUCUCGCCCUGGUCGGUCCUGCACCGCUGUUCAUGGCCUAUCUAUCCAUGAUGAUUGUCGUCUGGAAUGUCAUGAACAAUCUUGCUGAGAUUGUCACCUAUCUUCCCAUGAAGGGAAUCACGAUCCCUUACUUUGUCAAGCGAUUCGUGGAUCCCAGUCUGGCAUUUGCUGCAGGAUGGAACUACUGGUAUGCCUAUGCAAUCCUCGUCGCAGCCGAAGCCACCGCUGGAGCCAUUCUUCUAGACUACUGGGAGACACCCGUUCACAGCGCCGUCUGGAUCACCAUUUUCCUCGUCGUCGUCCUAUUCCUCAACAUCGUGGCGGUAGAAGUAUUCGGAGAAGCAGAGUUCUGGUUCGCGUCCAUCAAGUUCAUCACCAUCAUGGGUCUCAUCAUCCUCGGAUUCGUCAUCAUGCUGGGUGGUUCCCCCAACGAUCAAGGACGACUAGGAUUCCGGUAUUGGAACAAUCCGGGAGCCUUUAAGCCGUAUAUUGUGGGAGGCAACUCGGGACGAUUCUUGGCUUAUUGGACCGCUUUUGUUCGUGCCGGUUUCGCCUUCAUCACCUCUCCCGAACUCAUUGCGCUCGCGGCGGGUGAGACGAUUGCACCACGCCGCAACAUUCCCAAGGCGGCUGGCCGGUUCAUCUACCGUCUUGCUAUCUUCUACGGCUUUGGAUCCUUCAUCAUUGGUGUCAUUGUGCCGUCCAACGACCCUCGUCUGUUGAGUGGAACAUCGGACGCCUCUGCAUCGCCCUUUGUCAUUGGUAUCCAGAAUGCGGGUAUUGGCGGUCUAAACCAUGUCGUCAACGCUGCUGUUCUCACAUCCGCCUGGUCUGCCGGGAACGCCUUCUUAUACUCUGGCUCCCGCGUCCUCUACGGCAUGGCCCUCAACGGCGACGCCCCCAAGUUCUUCGGCAAGACGAGCAAAAAGGGGGUACCGUGGGCGGCCGUCCUGGCCACCUGGGCCAUUGGCUUCCUCGCCUAUCUCAACGUGUCUAACACCGGUGCCCAAGUCUUCCUCUGGUUCUCCAACAUCUCCACCAUCUCCGGCUUCAUCGCCUGGAUCGUCGUCAUGACGACUUACCUGCGCUUCCGCAAAGCCAUGGCCUUUAACAACAUGCUCUCCGCCCUGCCCUACCGCACCGCGCUCCAACCCUACAUGACCUACAUCAUCCUCUUCGUCAUCACCCUCCUCACCAUCACAAACGGCUUCCAAGUCUUUGUCCCCGCGCGCUGGAAAGUCGCAGACUUCCUGGCGGCCUACAUCACCCUCCCCAUCUUCCUCGCCCUCUACUUUGGCCACAAGAUUUACUACCGCACCCCGUUUGCCAUCAAGGUCCAGAAUAUCGACGUCUUGACGGGAAAGCGGGAAAUGGACGAGCUCUGCAAAGACGAUAUUUCGGGCGCGCCGGUGCCCAAGAAUUUUGCGCAGAGGAUUUGGUUUUGGAUUGCGUAG